UGUGCCGAUUAACGACGACGGGCCUAACCGCAAUGUCACAGAAAAAAAAUUAUUGAUGUUCUUGGUGAAAAUGUGUCAAGGACUCUCUGAUGAUUUCCUAAAAGUUCUUUUCAAAUACAAUUCCAGAGCCAACGUGAGUCGCGACAUUAAAAUAGUCAGGCAAUCAUUAUUGAUAAGAUUUGUGCCCCAGUCUAUUGGGUAUAAUGCCAUUACUCGAGAUGACUUCAUUAAUGCCCACGUGACACCAUUCGCUAAUGAACUAUACAAUCCUAAUACUGACAAUCGACAAGCAAUAGUUAUUGUUGAUGCAUCCUAUACUUAUACAGGAAAACCUAGCAACUUCAAAUCUCUCAGAAAAUCUUUUUCUUUUCAUAAAAAACGACAUUUAGUAAAACCCUGCCUAAUAGUAGCCCCUGAUGGAUACAUUUUAGAUAUACACGGACCCUAUUUUUCAGACUCCAGAAAUAAUGACGCGAGCAUACUUGAAGUCGAGUUUGAAUCGAACGAUGAUAUGAGCCAAUGGUUUCGAGAUGGCGAUGUGUUUUUAAUGGAUCGAGGAUAUCGAGAUGUUGUGCCAUAUCUCCAAAAUAAAGGCAUGCACUGUAAAAUGCCCGAAGUCCUUGCACGUGGACAGCAACAACUUUCAACAGAAGCAGCAAACAAAUCGCGAAUAAUUACGAAGACAAGAUGGAUAGUUGAAGCCCGCAAUGGCCAUUUGAAGUCAAUUUUUAAGUUUUUUGAUGGUUUGAUCCCAAUGGCACACCUUAAUCAUCUAAACGACUUUCUGAAAAUAGCUGGUGCUAUAAUUAACAGAUAUCAUGUCAAUAUCUAUAUGGAGGAUGCAACUGUUCGAUUAGCCAGAGAGUUACUGAAUAGGAUUCAUGAUAUUAAUGUAAUGCAAGCACGGGUGGAAGCUGACGUUAAUCUUACUAGACGUAAUGCUAAUUGGAACCUUCUUAAUGAAAAUCAUUUUCCGCAGUUUCCUAGGCUUGACAUGGCGUAUUUGAAGCGACUGACUAUUGGUAUUUACCAAAUUAAUUUAAGCCCUGCUUACAUACAGGAUAAAAUGGAUAUGGAUAAUAACGAUGUAUUUGAGUUUGAUGAACUAAAUGAACACGGCCUGAUACGUAUGAGAAUACGCUCGCGUUUUCGAAAUGCAGUUAAACAUCAAUUAUGGAUAGCGUUCCAAAACGAAAUUCCGGAGGAAGAGCCUAUCUUGGCCUAUUACUGUAAAUGUAAAACCGGUGCCAGGACUAUUGGUUGUUGUGCUCAUGUUGCCAGUGUGGUAUGGUACCUUGGUUAUGCACGUCAUCAAGAAAACGUGAAAUACCCAAGUACUGCAUUAUUAAACCACAUACUUGAUUGUGCGAACAGAAAUCCUUGAUAAACCGAGUUUUAAAGUGUACAUGUGUAUCUAUCAAAGUAUGUAAAUAUAUGUAGAUAAGAUUGAACGAGUAACACUAUUUUCUUUCAUUUUAUCCGUUAGGUAGUUUGUUUUGUCUGGUACAAUCUACUGUAAAAAUAUGGGUGCAUUAAAAUGCACAAAAAAAUGUUCCAAUGAUUUGUAUGUCGUUGUAAUAAGAACUUCUCAAAACAUUUAUCAAACGAUUUAUUUUUCAC